GAUGAGAGCUGUGGGCCAAGAAUAAAAGGACAGUUGAUCUGCAACAGAACAUUUUGGAUAUCUUCUGUUUGGUCGUUUUGUCCUCAAAUUGAACAGCUAAAAUCUUAGCAAAGUAGCAGUUUACAUAGUUAACCAGUCAAACAAAAAAUUAUGAAGAAAAAUAUCCAGCUACCAGAGUAAUCGACAGCAAUAUACUGCUUUGACAGCUAAGCUAGCUAGUUAGCACACCAGAUAGGUUCUCGACCAGACGUGUGACCAAGUAGUCACACCCUAAUCUGGGGCAACAUGAGUGAAAUGUAGACCAGAGUAAUGCAACAUGUAGUAGGACUUUUGUCAUCGUGAAAGACAUUCAUUUUUUUCCAGAAUCUGGACAUGGCUGCCUCAUCAUGCUACAGCCGCCCGCGAGAUAGCGCUUGCCAGCCAGUCUGCUAAAUCAACUAGCUACAUCGGAGCUUGAAAACAAUUCGUUUUUUUUGUUGCACAUAUAAUAUUGUGGUAUUAUGAAUUCACCCAUGUAUACAUUUGUCGCCCGAGACGACAACAGUACUAUUUAUGCUGAAGUUUCCAAAAUUCUCGUCGCUACUGGACAAUGGAAGAGACUGAAGAAGGAUAAUCCUCGAUUCAACUUGAUGUUGGGCGAACGGAACAGACUGCCAUUUGGACGGCUUGGUCAUGAGCCUGGACUGAUGCAACUGGUGAAUUAUUACAGAGGAGCAGACAAGUUGUGCCGCAAAGCAUCUUUAGUCAAGUUAAUCAAGACUAGCCCGGAGCUUCCAGAUCCCGGCAACUGGUUGCCUGAAUCGUAUAUCAUCUAUCCUACUAACCUCAACACUCCCAUUGCGCCUGCAAAGAAUGGCAUAAGCCACCUGAAAAGUAACCCCAAGACUGAUGAAAGAGAAGUUUUCCUGGCCUCUUAUCACUCAAGGAAGGAAAGCGGAGAGGGAACAGUGUGGAUCGCCAAGUCAUCUGCUGGAGCAAAAGGUGCUGGGAUUUUGAUAUCCCACGAUGCAAAUCAAUUGCUGGAGUUCAUUGAUAAUCAAGGGCAGGUUCAUGUCAUUCAGAAGUACCUAGAAAGACCACUACUGUUGCAACCUGGCAACCGUAAAUUUGACAUCAGGAGCUGGGUGCUCGUGGACCAUCAGUACAACAUCUACCUUUACCGGGAGGGUGUGCUGCGGACGGCCUCGGAGCCCUACGACAGCUCCAACUUCCAGGACGUGACCAGCCACCUGACCAACCACUGCAUCCAGAAAGAGCAUUCGCAGAACUAUGGCCGCUACGAGGAGGGCAACGAGAUGUUCUUCGACGAGUUCCGGCAGUACCUGCUGAGCACCCACAACAUAGUGCUGGAGACCAACAUUUUACCUCAGAUAAAGCAGAUUAUAAGGAGCUGUCUGACAUGCAUUGAACCUGCCAUCAGCACUAAGCACUUGUCCUAUCAGAGCUUCCAGCUCUUCGGCUUUGACUUCAUGGUGGAUGAGAGCUUCAAGGUGUGGCUGAUAGAGAUCAAUGGAGCUCCGGCCUGCGCACAGAAACUCUACCCGGAGCUAUGCCAAGGUAUCGUGGACGUGGCCAUCUCCACUGUCUUCACACUGAACAACGAUUCCGAACCACGAUCAUCUUCCUCCUCCCCUGCUCCCUACUCCUCCUCCCCCUCAUUUUCUGCUCUCACCUCAUCCUCUUGUUCCUCUCCGAAACUGAGAGGACCUCUACACGUGGGCCCAUUCACCCGAUUGUAAGGCCCCCCCCCCGCUUCAGAAGUUCCACCCUCCGCUCCUCACUUCUAGUCUUUUCUGAGAGGUCCCACAGGUCUGGAAGCUUGCCACCUCAUUGGUUCUUGUUUGGCAAGUCUCAAAGUGGUUUGCCCUUGUGAUUGACUGAAGAUUGAAUGUGGGGUCUUCUCGUAUGUGCUACCAGAUUUUCCUCUCUCAUACACCACAAUGGAAGGGCAUUUCAAAGGAAAGCCUCGGCAGACAUGCAGAAUAUGAAUGUGGAGACUUGGUGAAUGUUUGGGUGAUGAUGAUGAAUGGGCGACAGACUGAUGACUGGUUUGGGGGUCCCAGAGCAAUGAGAGAAGCCCUUGUGUUCCAGUGCUGCCACUGAGGCUCCCCUAGACUGUGUAUGGAUGACCUCUGAAGAUGGAGGGGAUGCUUUACUUAUUAUACAGACUAGUGCCUUACAUCUCCACCCAUACCCACUUAAAGAUGCAACCUGACGAAUUAGCAUAGCAUUUCUGCUACUGUGUGUUACGUGAGCCAGUGUAUUGUCGGUCAGGCAAGUGUGUGUGUAUGUGCGAUGUAGACUUUUUUUUUCUUUUUCUCUCUGGGUUUGUAGAUCUUUGGGUUUAUCCACAAAAGUUAGCAUUCCUACAUCUUUGUUUCAUAUCAUGGUUAUUCACAAAGCCCCGGAGAGUUGUGUACUGCAGUUUAAAAAAGUAUUAAAGCAAAAGAAUAGGAGGCAUCCAGUUUCUAUUUUAUUGCUAUGUAAAUUGUAUUAUAGCUAUUUGAUAGCUAUUAUUCUGCGCAUGCCGUGUAGUUUUUUAGGUCUUCGAUUUGAGACCUUUUUUUCCCAAGUUAAUUUAGUCAGUGUUGUUAAUUCCCCCCUUGUGUAAGAAAAGAUUCAUAGACAGAUUACUUAUAUUUCUGUCAACAGAGUAUUUGUUGAAUGACUAGAGAUAACAUUUCAAACUAUUUUGAACCUUCUAUGGUUCUGCCAGUAAAACUGUUAGAAUUAGAAUCAGUCACUUUUAUUCUCCCAAGUACAUUUACAUAUAGGCCUACUUGGAAUUUGAUUCGGCGAAAUGGUGAUGCCACAGUAAACAGAAUCAACAAACAGAAUAUAGAUGAUAAACACAUACAGAUGGAAUAUAUUGACAAGGAAUUUACAAAUCCACGUACACAGUUACGCACAGGGGACCUCCGAUACAGCUGUAAAUCAGUUUGUUUGUCAUAAGAGGGACUGCAUGUUGGUGUGGAUGCAUGUCACAGUGUCUUAUCUCCUAAUGCAAGUAGGCCUACUCUCCCCUUUUGCCUCUAAUACUGAGAGUUCUUAGCCAAGCACUUCCUUUAAAAUGGUCUCUUUAUACUUUUUACCUUCCCAAUAGGUCCAUGAGACGCACCUGUUUGUCAAGAACUGCAAUUGCAUUUUGACACCAGAUGUUUUGAAAUAGAUUUGCCUAGUUUUGCGUAGUUCUGCACCAAUUGCUUUUGCAGAAAUGUUUGUUUAGUGUGUGUUGGUGACGCUUGCUCAAAGAAAAUGUGUUUCUUGUUAGUUUUUGCUUGUUUAUUUAAAACAUGUAGUGAACUUGAAUUAAACGUAGUAGCUUCAACCCCAGAAUUGACUUAAUGUCAAUGCAAGGUCUUUUUAAAAUAUUUUUUUAAAGCGGCAAUCCAUAGCAGUGGAUGCGCGAUAGAACAGCAGUACUGAGUUUGUUUGUUUUUUUACCACGAUGCUGGAUGCUCCUUUCUUCAAAACGAUAACAAAUGUGCCUGGGGCGGAUCCCAGAUUUAAGUGUAUUUAUUUUUUAAGUAGUUUAAGACUAUAAACACAGUCAGUUAGGUUUUUAACACAGCUUCCAUGAUGUUAAGUGAACUUGUGAUACCUGCCUGCUAGAAAGUUGUUUUCCCUGCCCUUGUCUGUUUCUGUGUUUACACUGUGAUAUUCAAUGUAGAACACCUGACCACAUUCAGUUUACAGAUGCUUUGUAGCAUUAUCACCCACGGUUAUCCCAGAGAUUAAGUUACCUUGUCCUAUGUUAAACUUUGUUUUAAGUAUGAGUUAGUCCCUUAACCACCAACUCCUUUCUUCAAUAUCACACAUUUUCAAAUAUUUUUAGUUGAGGAAAUGUUUCAAUGUGUUUUGAGUGAAACACUACUUAAAGGGAUAACAUUGAGACAUUUAAUCACUGUCUUUUUUUUUAAUGUUUAAAGAUUGCUAUGACGUAUGGUGUGAAUGACUGCUUGAAUAGUAUCUGUUUGAUAUGCACAUGGUCAAAGCAUACAAUGUUUAUGAAUUAUAAUCUAUUUGUGGUUAACUGUUCGGUUAGUUUGUAUAUCAGAGGGGCACAAAAAAAGGUGUUGGUUUCUAGAUUGUUUUGCAAAAUAAAAAAGAACUGUAUUAUUCAACACAUUGCUUGGGAAAACAACCAAAGGAAAUGAUCAGUAUUAUUAUACAAAUUGGGGAAAUGUCUUUCCAUCAAAGGGAAGGGGUGCCUUAGUGGGAAUUGCCUCUUGAUGUUUGGAAGAAGCAAUAGACCUCCUGCAUAUAAAUGCACCUUUCAUUUGUUUGAUUGUAAAGAUGUGAAUUUGCCUAUUGCUAUUUGGCAUAUGCGUCUGUGUGACUGUUUUAAUUGUUCAAUCUUUUGUAAUGUCUGGUUGUACUCAUGCAGAGUUUCUUUGCACUGAACUUUUCCCAUUUUUAAUUACCUGCUUAGUAGGUUAUGAAUUCUUAUUUCUUAUCAAUGAGAACUUGUUUGUAUGUCUAAAAUCAAUCCCCCCCUCAGUAUUACUUUCCCAGCUAUGAAAUCUGUGGGUUUGAUGUAUUUCAAGUCCUUUAAAGUGCAAUCUGUAUCUUCCUUUGAGUGUAUCAUGGCCAUGGGAGACAAAGAAGUUAGAUUGCAACUUUAAAUCAAUCAUUAUCAAACAUUUUCACUAAACCAAGGCAGCCAAGAAUAAAUAAAUCAGUUGACACAACAGCAACAUUGGCACAUUGAAAUGUUAACCUCUCCCCCAGUCAAAAUGAUAUAACUGUAUUUAGUCAGAUGAAUGCCUAUUUCUUUUAGCUAAUGUUUAUCAAACUUUUGCAUGAAAACUGUCACAUUAUCAUGGAGAAUAAAAUGUAUCGUUGA